AUGUCGGCGGGGCCUUGGAACCAGUCGACUUCGAAGGCCUCUGGAGUGAGCUACAGUGGUCUCGGUGCGCCUUACUUCUCACAAGGGUCUCACAGGACACCCGAUUCUUCCACUCCAGUUGCCAGCGAACCUCCAGUGGUUCCACCAAAGGUUCUAGAGUCUGACCGAGCUCCAGCGGCAGGAAGCAAAUACCCUGGCCAGACAUACAGUCAUUCAUCGUCGGUGCCGCAUAACGAUGCAGGUGAAGUUAUCUGUUCCAGACUUGGUAUCCUAUAUUUUUCAGAUUCCGACAAGGAGGAUGUCAUAACGAAUCUCCAAAACUUGGCCCGCAUGUAUCCGGAUGUUACUCUAUCUCAACUCGUAGAUCCUAACAUGGAACUUCCACGAGCAAAAGUACCCAACCAACGAAGCUCUUCGCAGGUACCUUCUGACCAAGAGUGCGAGCGCAAUGCUCCUGAUAGCAGCCCCCCUCCAGCCUCUGCAAUAUCAGCAGAUGCAAGCCUCCUCAUUGCUUUCGUUGCUUAUUCCCGGGUACCUCAACCAACACACAGAACCUACUCAUCCCCCGUUGCUGGUCCAAACCCUAGUUUCGGUGCGCCAUCUCCCAGCUCUACAUUUGAUUACCAAAGACGUCUCCAUUCAAAGUCCAAUGCGUCGAUUACUUCCACAGCCAUUCAAACGUCACAUGAUAGGACACACUCUUCAAGCAUUAGCUCGAGGCGCAAGACUCCAUUGGCACGCAGACGUAUUCACCCCAGACGAGGUCUGAACUAG